CGUGCGUGUGUGUGUGAAUAUGUGAAUAUAGCGUCUCCUCUUCUUGAUCCUACUUCUUGUAUCUCUCGGGGGUCAGUAUUGGUUUCCCCUGGCGAUAGCCAAUCAGUUCUUGCGUUGCAGUAUAAAAAAAGAUAAUUGUAAUAUUCAAGAAACUUCCUCUCCAGUUGGGCUCAGUAUUCUGUAAAGCCCGUGUGUGGGACAGCUCAACUUGAAUACAUGUUGUGUGUUAAAGAGAGAGAGAGUUUGUAUGCAUGUUCACCGUCACUGUAACCCAUUUUAUUUUCAUAUGGAAACAGAUGUGUGACUGAAAAACAGAAUGGAUGUGUUAGGCACUGUGGACCGACUGCUCAUCAAACACUUAUCACAACAACUCUACAUCAGACCUUCCCUAAAUGGUAACCCUCUGAGAUAAUGUUUUUGAUUUAGGUUGGCUGUGUGUGUGUGUAUGUGUGUGACUAAACGGUGACAAAUCCUCUUCUUGACUUUAUCCACAAAUAAAGAAUAGAGGAGAGGAUUUACAGGAGGGUCUUACUGUCUUCCACCCAUCACAUAGCAAAAUUUAGAUCCUCUAUACACUAGUUUGUGUUUAAAGCAUCACUGUAAAGGGUAAUGUUGAAAUGUUUAUAGUUUGUGUCACUGAUACCCAGCCCAAAGAAUGUAAAGGUGUUAUAAAGAGACAAAUGGAUGUUGUAACUGUUGAUUCUGGAGAACCUUUUGACAGGCUUUGUAAUGAAGGAAAAACAAGGGGUGUGAAUGGAAAUCAUGUUUGCCACUGCUCAGAUCCACAGAGAAUCUGAAACACAAUCUAAUUUACAGGCUUCGCAUUGUACAAGAACCUCUGAAUGUUUCACCAUUUAUGUUUCUGUUUGUUAUGUUUUUUUUGCAACAAUAAUUUCCGGUUGGAAGAGUUUGAAGCUGUUGAAAGGUUAGGUGUAGGAUAUUUGAAAUGGCACACCAUAGACAAGACAGCGAGGGCCCACCCACCCCCCCCCACAGAGAUACACAGAUCACCUUUCUACCACAAUUUGGUUCUAAAGAGUCCUAGUUCUAGUAUAAUACUGUACACAUACACAAAGCUAAGAACACCAGUAUUCAGUGUAAAACAGUGCUAUGCUUACCUGUACUGUAUGUACAGUAUGUAUAUCCCCUUAUUCUGCUCUUGAACUGUGCUCCUUUAUCUACCCCAAAGUCAAAUGUAAUAAUAAUCAAUAUUUUGAAGCAAACUGUUUGCUAUUACUAUAACCCCCCCUCUCCCCUCUUGGUCAAUUUGAAAAUAAAACAGUUUCAAAUAUUCUG